CCAAAGAAGAAAAAAACACAAAAAAUUAGAAAGAAAGAGAAACAAAGUGAAAAGCAUAAAAACGAAAGCACAAGCAAACGCAGCAGCAGCGAGCAGCGCAAAGCUCGCACCUACGCUUUGCCAGUUUGAUGCGCCCAUUCCGCAGACGCGACAACAGCAAAAGCAACAGCAACGGGAACGGCAAUAGAAAUAGAAAUAGUAGCAAAUAGAGCAAAUUAAAGGCAUCAAAACGCCCACAAACGUGUACGUGCAAUUAAACGCCAACAGGGCAGCAACAGUCAUGCCACUGGCUGACUCCAACAGGGAUUUAAGACAGCUACAGCAGCAGCAAGUUGAAGUCAAUAGCAGCAGCAGCAGCAGCAACAACAACAAUGCCGAUCAGGCACAGCUGGACAAUGCCAGCAGUGCUGCAGCAGCAACAACUGCAAUAUCAACAACAACUGCUGCAGCAGCAGCAACAACAACAACAAUGGGUCUGCAGCUGCGUCAACGCAUGCAGAUUACCUCCUCCGGCUGUAGCAGUCUCGCGGUGACACCAAUGGAGCACACACCCACCGACGAGGAGAGUGGCGCUGUCACAACCGUGACGUCAUCGCAGCGUCGCCAACAACAACAGCAACAGCAGCAACAACAACAACAAUUACAAACAGCACUCGAACAACAUCACAUAACGCCAAGCAAAACACCCGAACAAAUGGAGCUGAGCGACUCCGAAUCGUACGGGGCAGCCAGCUACGAUGAAUUCGAACUGCGCGAGGUGGUCAAAGAGGGUCACGACAAGGCGGAUCCCUCGCAAUUUGAGCUGUUGCGCGUGCUCGGUGAGGGCAGCUUUGGCAAAGUGUUUCUGGUGCGCAAGAUUCUGGGCAAAGAUGCGGGCACAUUGUACGCCAUGAAGGUGCUAAAGAAGGCAACACUGAAGGUCAAGGAUCGUGUGCGCAGCACCAACGAGCGAAAGAUUCUCGCCGAUGUGGGGCACGCGUUCAUCGUUCGACUCCAUUAUGCGUUCCAAACACCUGGCAAAUUGUAUUUGAUUUUGGAUUUUCUACGUGGCGGUGAUUUGUUCACUCGCCUCUCCAAGGAGGUCAUGUUUACCGAGGAGGAUGUCAAGUUUUAUUUGGCCGAGCUGGCGCUGGCGUUAAAUCAUCUGCACACGCUGGGCAUCAUCUAUCGCGACCUGAAGCCGGAAAAUAUACUGCUGGAUGAGCACGGGCACAUUGCCCUGACCGACUUUGGUCUGUCCAAGCAACCGCUGGACGGCUCCAAGACGUACAGCUUUUGCGGCACCGUCGAGUACAUGGCGCCAGAGAUAGUCAAUCGCAAGGGUCACGAUUUUGCUGCCGACUGGUGGUCAUUUGGUGUCCUUAUGUACGAGAUGCUGACGGGGAAUCUGCCCUUUCACGGCCAGACGCGCCAGGAGACUAUGAAUCAGAUAUUGCGCUCCAAACUGGGCAUGCCCGAGAAUCUCUCGCCAGAGGCUCAAUCCUUGCUGAGAGCGCUCUUCAAGCGCAAUCCAUUGAAUCGCCUAGGCGCGGGCGCACAAGGCAUCCUGGACAUCAAGGCGCACUGUUUCUUCGCCACCAUAGAUUGGGUGCGGCUAGAGCGCAAGCUAGUGCGUCCGCCGUUUAUACCGGCGGUCAGUCGGGAUGAUGCUUUCUACUUUGAUGUGGAGUACACGUCCAAGUCGCCGCGCGAUUCUCCUGGCGGUCCAAUUUCGGCAUCCGCACACGAAAUAUUUCGCGGCUUCAGCUUUGUGGCACCCGUGCUGCUGGAGAAUAGCACCAAUAUCACCUGCUCCAACAAUGUCAGUCCAAUGCACGCUGUUCUUCCCGCCUCCUCAGUGACUUCAGUGGUGGCGGCAACACAAGGUCCGCGCAGUUUACCUGGUGUUCUGCCUGGCAAUUUCCUGACCGAAUACAAUCUACUACAGGAGCUCGGUCGUGGCACAUUCUCUGUGUGUCGUCUGUGCGAGCAUCGCGCCUCCAAGAAGCACUACGCUGUGAAGAUCAUUGAGAAGGCGGCCGUAGCUGCUGCCACCUCUGCAUCGGCGGAUUGCUGGGAGGAGGUGGAGAUUAUGCUGCGCUACGGCAAUCAUCCCAAUAUCGUGACGCUCUAUUCUGUGUACGAGGACACCAGCUCCGCGUAUCUGGUCAUGGAGCUGCUUAAGGGCGGCGAACUGCUCGAUCGCAUCCUGGCCGUUGGCCAAAUGUGCGAGAGCGAGGCUAGCGCCGUGCUGCGCACAAUUGCCGCCGCCGUCGCCUAUCUGCACGAGCACGGCGUCGUCCAUCGUGAUCUGAAGCCCUCGAAUAUGAUCUAUGCGAGCAUGCGACAAACGCCCGAAACACUCAAACUAUGCGAUUUAGGCUUUGCCAAGCAGCUGCGCGCGGACAACGGCCUGCUGAUGACUCCCUGCUACACGGCCAACUUUGUGGCGCCGGAAGUGCUAAAACGGCAGGGCUACGAUCUGGCCUGUGACAUUUGGUCGUUGGGUGUGCUCCUCUACAUCAUGCUGUCGGGACGGACACCGUUUGCCAGCACGCCGAACGAUUCGCCGGAUGUAAUUUUAAAGCGUAUUGGAUCUGGACAUAUUGAUUUUAGCAGCCCGCGCUGGUCGCUGAUUAGUGCGCCGGUGAAGGAGCUGUUGCGCCAGAUGCUGCACAUUGUGCCCGAGAAUCGGCCAACUGUGGCGCAGAUACUGGAGCACAGUUGGGUGCGUGACCAGUUUUCCGGCACUGUGCAGCUCACAGAAUACGCACUGCAGCCGACUGCUGGCAGCAACAAUGCCCAACAGUUGACUUUGGGAGCACAGCAGCAGCAGCAUAACCACAUUUCGAUGGCGUUACGUGGCGCUGUGGAUGCAACGUUUAGGGCAAUUGCAAUACCGCAGGCGGCGAACGUGGGCCCCGUGGAGCUGUCGAUGCUGGCCAAGAGGCGUGCCAAGGAUCGCGCCAAUCUGCAUUCCUAAUUGUGGGCAAUGCUGUGCCCGAGACGCCAAGCCAAGCGGCAGCUAAUUCAAUUAAUAUAUAAACUCUAUAGUAUUCUAAUGCAUUGCUGUGCAUUUCCGCAACGCCUUUGGGAGUGGCAUGGCGCCCUAAAUCCAUACCAGCGGCAGGAGAAAAACAACAAAUGCCGUUUAAAACGGCAGCGCUGCCCCAGCGCCAAACUGCGCCUGGUCUGAGGAUAUGGAUAUGGACGUGGAGGCAAUACAACGCGCUCUCACUCUCCCCCUCUCCUUCUUUUUCACUCGAUCGCGUUUCUUCCAUGCAGCGCGGCUACUUUCUAGUAUUUGGACGAGUAUUUGAAGUGUUAGUUAUUUAUUUUAUAAAAAUCCAUGCCAGAUGCGAUGAUAUGAACGAUAUAUGUAUGUGUCUGUUCACACUGCAUGUGUGUAUGCAGGUGUAACUGUACCCAUGCCCAGGUGCAAGCAGCAGCUUUUAAGCAUAUGCUUUACAUAUAUACAAGAUAUAUACAUGUAUAUAUUAUAUAAUGCCUAUGCAAGUGUAUGCGUUCUUCGUCAAGCCCUUAAACCCAGUUGCCGAGUUUCAGCUGGUUUUCCAGCCGGGCCCCAACGGAGGCAGCACUCAAAACUAAAUCAAUCUUAAAUUAAUUUCAAAUGUUGGCCAAAAAAUCGUGCUAAAAAUUUAAAAAAUGAUAUAAUACUUACAUAUACAUAUAUAUAUAUAUAUAUAUAUAUAUAUAUAUACACUAUAUAUACAUAUAUGAAACAAAAAGUAAAAGCGAGCAAAGAACGUGACUAUUUUAAUUAUCUUAGCUAAAUUUUUCACAUCACGUUAUUGUUGUUAAAUUAAUUAAAAAUAAUUAAAAUUACAAAUUAAAAGAAACGAAAAAAAAAAGAAAAGCAUACCAAACUAACCAAAUGAGAAGUUUAUAAACAAUACCUUUUAAAUCUAUGCAAAAUGUCAAAUCUUUUGUUUGAAUUCAGUUCAAUGUGUUGUUCAGUAUUUUUACACCCUGCCAAGCCAAGCCUGUGCUAUAUCUAUCAACUAUCUAUAUGUCAAUUUGCAUGAAUUUACCUAUAUGCAUAUAUAUAUUCACGAUAUGUUAACAUAUUCUUAUAUAUAUAUACAUAUAUAUAUAUAUUGAUGUUGCACUUGGUAACAAAUUGCAUUUACGAUUUUUACCAUUAACCAUCUGUAAAUAUCUAUAGCUAUAUACAUAUAUAUACAAAUGUGUGAUAACGCAUUGCUACUCGUAUUUAUACCAAAAAGCAAACAUAAAGUAAAACGAAUGGAAAAAAAUAGAAAGUUUCAAAUAUAUAUGUAGAACCAGGCAUUCGAUAAUUGGCACUUCCAUCGAUUUGAAUAUGCUACGGAUGAGUCGAAGAGUAUUUUGUUGUUGCCUCAAAAAAAGCUAGCAUAACCCCAUGUUUGCACCCGCAGCCACUCCCACCCGCCCACUUCUUCUAUGUGACGCAUUUUGAUUAUGUUUUAUGCAAAUUGUUGAAUUUUUGGAAAGCGAUCCGCAACAUGUUAACAAGCAUUUUAUGGUUAUGUGUGCGCAAAAACUGAAGAAUGCCGAAUGCUUUAUAUAUAUAGUAUAUGAUCAAAGAUAUAAUAUGUAAUCGCAGUGUUUUUGCCUAUGGAAAAUCGAAGUCAUUAGGUGAAUAAUAUAACUAAAGUACAAUUUUAUUAAGCCUAAAGCGCACAAUUUAAACAUCUUUUUAAAGCUGGAACUUGGUUUGAAUCUCCAUAGUUACGAUGCCAGAACAAUUGUGAAAGAAAAUGUGAUUUUAAAAUGCAACUUUUUCGCUUAUAAAUAACUAACGAAAAUUAUUAAGAAAUACAACAAACAAAAAGGUUAAUAAUAAUAAUAUAAUCAAUUACACAGAUUGUUUGGUAUAUGUGGUAUAUGUAGUACUAAAAGCAGCCAGUCAAGUCACGAUUGCAAAAGUCAGCCUGAUUCCAACUAAAGCCCCCAUAAGCAUUGGCUCGCCAGACAACCUAUGUAUACAUAAGACUACAUUCAUAUACUAUAUAUAUUAUAUACAUAUACAUAUUAAUAUAUAUGAGACAUUCCCGUCGUUAACUCGUAUUGCAGGCUAAAAACAAAAAGUAACUAAAUUAAAUCAAUUAAUCGAACAACAUUUUAAUGCAACAUUUUAAUUAUGCAAUGAGCUAAUUCCUUAAGCGUUGUGUGUGUAUCACUUUUAUCUGUAGCUUAAUAGAUCCUAUAACCAGUGCUGCCAAUUGCCGCCCAAAAAUAGUAGCUGAAUCGAAAUACAUACAUACAUACAUAUGAGAAAAGCUAAUAAUAGCUGAAUUUGCUUUCUGCGAACAAAUGGGCAAUUGCCAAAAAAUAACUAGAUCAGUUUAAAAUCUCAACUGUAACUGUUUCCGGCUGACGAGUUCUGAAAAUGGCUGAAUUGGCAACACUGCUUAUAAGUGGGGGAAUAUACUUAUGUAUAAAGUACAUAAUGUGCUUAGUGUUAUAUAUGUGUAUGUGCAUUUGUUUUUCUUUUGAAUGUAUUUUUUUUCUUGGAAUACUUAUAAAGAUCAUCUGAUAGGGUGCGUGUUGUGUGUAACAAUUUCGCGCUGUGCAACUGAACGUUUGCUAACCACAAGCAACAAUAAUAAAUGUUAGUUAAAAACUUUGCAAAUUUUAUGACAGUUUUGAGCCUUCGGGUGCUGUCAACCUAUGUAUUACAUGCAUAUACAUACAUAUACAUAUGUAUGUAUGUUAGCUGAUAUUCAUACAUACGAUUGUAUAUGUUAGUUAGCUGAUGCUGAAAAUAAACGAAAUGGUUUGUUAUAAAAUGCUGUGCACACCACACACACACACAUACACACA